GCAUUUCUCCAUGGGUCCUGCCGAACAGUGCAGUCACAUUUCUGAACACAGCUGUGAUCAGCGGUUGGAGAAACCAUGAUCCCCACCCUCACAGCCCUGUUCAGCCUGGGUGAGAGGGGAAGAUGGGAGGGGACACCAGGUCUGGAGAGACCUGUCCCUAUGGUCAGGAUCUGGUCCCUCAGAGACCCACAGCUCAGGAGGCUCCAGGGAGCAGAGGAUCUGCUCAGGCUCCAGGGCAAACCUCUCACAGGGACCUCUUUUCCAGGGCUGAGUCUGGGCCCCAGGACCCCAGGGCAGUCAGAGACCUUCACCAAACCCUGUCUCCAGGCUGAGCCAGCAUCUGUGAUACCACAGGGGAAACCUGUGACCCUCUGGUGUCAGUGGACUCUGGGGGCCCAGGAAUAUGGUCUGUACAAAAAUGGAAGCCAAGAGUCCUGGACAAAUCAAACAUCACCAGAACUCAAGAAUAUAGUCAAUUUCCCCAUCCCAUCCAUGACAGAGAAUGAUGCAGGACAAUAUCGCUGCUACUACCGAACACUAUCGGGGUACUCACAGCACAGUGAUGCCCUUGAAUUAGUGGUGACAGGAGUCUACAGCAAACCCAGCCUCUCAGCCCUGCCCAGCCCUGUGGUGACCUCAGGACAGAAUUUGACCCUGAAGUGUGGCUCACAUCUGGGAUUUGACAGGUUCAUUCUGACUAAGGAAAGAGACAAGCUCUCCUGGAACUUGAGCACGAGUUCCCUGUUCCCUGUGGGCCCUGUGACCCCCAAACACAGGUGGAGGUUCAGAUGCUAUGGCUGCUAUUGGAACAAAUCCCAUGUGUGGUCAGAGCCCAGUGACCCCCUCGAGCUCCUUGUUUCAGGGACCCUCCCCAAGCCCACCUUGUGGGCAGAACCACGCUCUGUGAUCCACCAAGGGGAGACUGUGACCCUCUGGUGUGAGGGGACCUUGGAGGCUCAGGAGUACCAUCUGGAUAAAGAGGGAAGCCGAGUGCCCUGGGACACACAGAUCUCAGUCAAGCCCAUAAAGAAGGCCAAAUUCUCCAUCUCAUCCAUGACAAUAAACAAUGCAGGGCAGUAUUGCUGUUACUAUAGGAGAAAUGGUACCUGGUCACAGUCUAGUGAUGCCCUGGAGCUGGUGGUGACAGGAGUAUAUAGCAAGCCCAGCCUCUCAGCACUGCCCAGCCAUGUGGUGACCACAGGAGGGAACGUCACCCUCCAGUGUGGCUCACAGAAGCAAUUUGACAGGUUCAUUUUGACUAAGGAUGGAGAACAUGAGCUCUCCUUGGUCCUGGACUCACAGCAUCAUCCCCAUGGGCAGGUCCAGGCCCUGUUCUCUGUGGGCCCUGUAACCCCUGGUCAUAAUUGGACAUUCACCUGCUACGGCUAUUACAGGAGCAAAGCCCAGGCAUGGUCAGAGCCCAGUGACUCCUUGGAGCUCCUAAUCUCAGGACCGGGAAGGCACCUGAAGGUUCUGAUCGGGGUCUCGGUGGCCUUUGUCCUGCUGCUGCUGCUCCUCCUCUUCCUCCUUGUCCUCCGACACUGGCAUCAGGGCAAAAGCAGGAAGGCAGAUGCUACCGUGAAGGACACAGAGCCUGAGAAUGGGGUGGAACUAGAAGCCCAGGCUGCUGCCCGUGAGGGUACCCAGUAUGUGAACUAUGCCGAGCUGAGCAACUUGAUGCUCAGACAGGGGACAGCUACACCUCCUUCCAUCCAGGACGGGGCCCUCCAAGAGGUGUCCACUCUGUAUGCUACCCUAAUACCCACUGGUGCAGGAUCCAUCCCAAAAGACACUAAGUGAUGCCUCAGCCAGGGACAGAGACCUCCAGAGAUUCUGGGACCUUAGGCUCACCUGACCCUACAGUCUGAGAUACCUCACAUCUCUCUGUGUUGGAAAUGAAAUGAGAGAUUCUUUAAUAAUCCCUGAGUGAAUGAGAAAUGAAAUAAUGGGAGAGGAUGUCUGAGAUGAAUGAUAAUGUUAAUGACAGCGUGAUGCCACACAGACAGGAGAGAAUUAAGAACCACCUAUGACUGUAGCAGAUGACACUCCCUAAAACUGGAUGGAUACAAAACUUUUGUAACUGUGCGAUGUUUCCAGGCCCACUGUGUCAGGGUUCAGUCUCACUCAGCUAGCUACAAAACUUUUAGUUAAAAAAAUGUAAAAUUGAUCUAAGUGGGGAUAAAAGUAAUAGAUUAGAUCUUCCUGGGGAGAGCUGGAACAGAUUUCAACAUGAAGAAAGAGCAGACAGUGUGAGAGAUACUCUUUAAAAAAAAAUAGUAGUUCAAAAUUAUGAACAAUUUUUCCAACAUAUUAGAGGAUGUGCAGGAUCUCCAAGUCCACAAUGUGCUAUGUGGAGGUAAAUAUAAACAGAAAAUCUGAAUCCUUACAGAUACAUUAAACCCUUUGACUGUAUUUUUAGAAUUUCUCAGUGAAAGUUCUAGUUCAGAAAGCUUCACUGGAAAUUUCUCACUCAUUGCACACUUAUGACACAGACAUAAACUCUAGGCUUAAAAAUUCUUCUCUCAGGUACAGAAAGAGAAAACACAAUCCUACACAUUCCAUCCAGCCAGAAAAACUCUCAUGCCAAACCUCAACAAGGAAUCCACUAAACUGGGGUGGAUCACAGGAGCCUCAAAUCCCAUUGACUUAUGUGUGACUUCCUAAAAAGAAAUCAAACUGCAGCAAAUUGGGAAGCAGAGGCAUGAGGAUCACAAGUCUGAUGCCAGUCUAGGCUACCUGGGGAUGCUGUUCCAGAAUAAAAUAAAAGUCCUGGGAAUGUAGCUCAGUGCUGUUCCCUUAGUUCAAACAGCAGUGAUGCACAAGAAAAAAUUUAAAGGUUCAGAGAUCCAGCUAAGUCUCAACUUACUAAUGAGUUGUGUUCUUGGGGAAUGUUUGUAAAUCGGAUUCUUUGUAAUAUGACAAAGGAUGUCUUACACAGCACACCUGUGAAAGUUCUCCACGUGAAUAUUCUUAAAACAGAGACUUAGUGCAUAUAUAAAAGACAACACAUAAUCACCACGCUAGGAUUGAUUGUUUGUUUGGACCAGCUUGGGUUGGGUUAGGAAGGCUAGAGCAGCUUAAAAUGUAAAAAUUCAAUAAACACAGUUAGAUACAUUAGGAGAUUGCAUCAGUGUCGUCACAUCCAUGGAUGCAGGCAAGCCUUUCAGGACAUGAGGCCUACCCAUGAUGGUGAGAAGAAAAACUCAUGAGAAUGAAAAGGAAUUUGCUGUCAUUCACAGGAGCAUAUGUACCAUCUCCCGGACCAGUGUUUUUCAAUGUGAGAACUUAAAGCCUGAGCCUGGACUUGGGCCCACCCAGGGAUGGUCCUGUGAUGACUGCUAGUACUCACGGCCCCAGAGGUAGCAGUUGGCUAUGUAAACCUGGCUGAGGAGCACUGAUGGGGUAAGGGUACCAUCACAUCACUCAUAGAAGACACAAUAGUGAGCACAGGGCACCCAAAGUGAUAGAAGGAUGCUUUACUCAAGUUAGAGGAGAAUGUUUCCAAUGAAAGUGGAAUACAUGGCAAUAUACAAAAAUCAAUCACAUUGCAGAAUUUCAGCCUUAUUAUACCACGUUACUUCACAUUUUAUUUGCAUAUAUUUAUCUUCUUCUAUUUUAUGAAAAAAGCUAAAUUUCCUAAACAUAUUAUAGGAUAAUAACAUAGUACACCAUGCAUCAUUUUCUUAAAAGUGGGAGACAAGACAUCAAUCAAGAAGAUUUACAAAGAAGAAAUAAAUAAUAGCACAAAGCUUUCUAGUCAAUGACUACAAGAAACCAUUAGCAUAAAUGUAACAAACUAUCAUAUGUAUUUCUGAAAAAUGAAAUAAUUAACUUUGAAAGUAUUUAACUUCUCAUUACUUUCUAUUUAUCUGUCUUCUAUUUUGAUCUUUAUUUGUAUAUAUAUAUACUUUAUGAAUAUUUCAUAUAAAGAAGUGAUAUUUAAA